CUACUUUUGCUUCCACAAAGCGCCUCCCGUUAUCUCCGGUGCUGCUGCGCAAGAGCCAGAAGGGCCACUGCUACUGAUAUUCCCACCCCGCAGAAAAAAGUUUUCGGUUUGUUGUGAGGAUAAAAAAAGAAGAAGCCGGAAACCGAGGAGUCGUCUGGUAAAGAAGCGGAUUCUGCCACGGCGAGUUUGGCGACCACAUGAAGAUGAAGAACCAGCUUUGAGGACCUACGGAUGUCCACCCCCCCUUCGACCAUCCGGCUUGAGUAACACGUCCAACAAACGUUUCAAGUGGGAGGCCUUUACUUCAUAUUACCUGGGAGGAAGAACGUUAUCUUGACAAAUUAUUGUAUUUAUAAUCAGGACUGAUGUCGUCCAAACUGUGAAGCGUGUAAAGGACUUUACCCAACGGCACCUACCUGGCACGGAAUGAUCUGGACUGAACUGAGCUCAAGUACAUUUGGCUGGAGACAGAUUAACUCACUUUAGCUUCACUGAAGAGAAAUGAAUUUAAUUCAAGUUAACAAGCACUGACAUUGGCUGAUUUCUUAGCUAAUACAUUUCUUUAGUACCAACAGCUCUUUUCUGAGCCCUAACCUUUAAAAAGCCAAUUCCCUUAGGUCUCCAACCCAGAUUCCCUUAAUUCUUCAAACCCUUUUUAAGCAUGGAUCUCCACAGGGCAGCUUUCAAGAUGGAGAGCUCCUCCUACCUUCCCAACCCCCUGGCCUCGCCGGCCCUCAUGGUCUUGGCCUCCACUGCUGAAGCUUCUCGAGAUGCCUCAAUUCCCUGCCAGCAGCCACGUCCAUUUGGCGUCCCUGUGUCUGUUGACAAGGAUGUCCAUUUGCCAUUUAACAAUGGUUCUUAUACUUUUGCAUCAAUGUACCACCGCCAGGGUGGAGUCCCACCAGGAUUCCCAAACAGGGAUUUUCCUCCGUCCCUCCUCCACCUCCAUCAUCAGUUUGCCCCGCCUAACCUGGAUUGCUCGCCAAUCAGCAUGCUGAAUCACAGCGGCGUUGGCGCCUUCAGGCCUUUUGCAUCUCCAGACGAUCGGGACGGAUUGCCCAGUGCGUAUCAGUCUGCUUUCACCCCGGCCAAGCGCCUCAAAGGCUGCCUGGAUCCAGAUGCUUCACCCCACCUGCGGUACUCUGAUGCAGAGGGGAAAGAGUACGACUUUGGCGGCUCCCAGAUUCCUCCUGGAAGUUCUCCCAGCAGCGCCCUGAAAGCCGUCGAGGACAGUGGGAAAAAGAUCUUCGCUGUGUCAGGCCUCCUGUCUGAUCGAGAGACCUCCUCCAGCCCUGAGGACCGCAUUGAACGCUCUGACGCCCGCUUCACACAGCAGUACAAGCUGCAGAUGUGGCAGUACAUGAGGGACCUAGAUCAAAUCAAACUCUCGAUCAAUGGCGGAGAAGAAAAGAAAUGUAAAAAGAAGAUGUCCCUGUAUGACAGCCAGGCUCCAGUCUGUCCCAUCUGCCAGGUGCUGCUCCGGCCCGGAGAGCUCCAGGAACACAUGGAGACGGAGAUAGAGAGGCUAGCUGCCGUAUGCUUCAGUAAGAACCAUUCACCCAAGGAUGGAGCAGCCACUCCAGGAACCCCGAAGUCAAUGCUGUUGUCGGUGCACAUCAAGCGUGAGGGAGAGUCUCCAGUGGUCUCGCCCAUGUCCUCUGAAGACGCCCACCACUCCGACAGAUACCAGACGUUUUUACGAGUUCGAGCAAACAGGCAAACAAGAUUGAAUGCACGUAUAGGAAAGAUGAAGAGGAGGAAGCCUGAGGAGGGCGGCCAGGUAUGUCCGCUGUGCAGCGCCCCCUUGGCUGGGAGCGAGGAAGAUAUGAGUAGACAUGUGGAACAAUGCCUGAUCCAGCGUGAGGGUACGCUAGGCGACGAUGACUCUGCAGAUGGAGAAAAUGGGCGGGGCUUUGAGGAGUACGAGUGGGCGGGGCAGAAGAGGAUCAGAGCCACAGCCUUGCUGGAAGGAGGCUUCAGAGGAACUGGUUUCGCCACGUGUAGCGUCAAGGAGAGCACGGCAGACAGCGACGCAGACUUAGACGUGGACGGAGACGACACCUUGGAGUACGGCAAGGCGCAGUACACCGAGGCCGACAUCAUCCCCUGCUCCGGGGCCGGGGAGGACCAGGGGGAGGCCCGGGAGAGGGAGGCGCUACGGGGGGCCGUGCUCAACGGUGGGAUGCCUUCUAACAGAAUAACGCCUGAAUGCUCCAAAUGGGCCAGCGACGAGAUGCCUUCAACAAGCAACGGAGAAAGCAGCAAGACAGACCCCGGCACUCCUUCAUCCUCCUGCUCUUCCUCCUGCGCCCCGCGCACCUGUAAAAACAGCGAGAUCGAAAAGGUAACAGAGGAGGACUCCACGGCUACCACCAUGGACGCUCUGAAGGCUCGAAUCAGAGAGCUGGAGAGGCAGAUUCUGAGAGGAGACCGAUACAAGUGUCUCAUCUGCAUGGACUCCUACACCAUGCCGCUCACCUCCAUCCAGUGCUGGCACGUCCAUUGUGAAGAAUGCUGGCUCCGGACUCUGGGGAACAAGAAGCUGUGCCCGCAGUGCAACACCAUCACCUCGCCCGGAGACCUGAGGCGCGUCUACUUGUAAAGAGCACACCUCCCCUCCCCAUCCUCCUCCUCUUCGUCAUUCAGAUCCAUUCUUCCUCUCAUCUCGGACUUCAUCGCCCUCCCCGUCGAUGGUUCAUUUGUUUCUCCCCCCUCUCCCUCAUGGCCUGGGUCAGCAGCUCCAAACCCUCCAAGAGCGGACAGAGACAAGACGGCCGUCUGAGACUCCACUGGCUCUUUUUCAGGAGGUUCAAAUAAGUGAAAGACUAAGCACUGACUCUCAACCACUCAAAAAAAGAUACGGAGACCUGCAUUUCCUCCGGUCACUGGAUGGUUCCACACUGACUCCCUGUACAUGUAACAUGGGCUCCUCCACUGAAGGACUUAAAGUCAGUGGAAAGGCUCCAUGCUGCUGGAGCUGGACCUGAAAGGAACUCCUUCAUACAGAAUAUAAAGACUUCUUUGUUUCCCCCCCUAGCUCUUCUUUGAUGGUGCUGGACAACGGGCUCUACCCUGAAGACUUGACAGAAAGUUCCUUUUUUUUGUCCCCUGUCCCAGAGAGAAAACAUGACUCUCCCCUGUUGCUUAAGAGAAUAAAAAAAAUUAAAAAGGCCUGUCCACUGAGCUUUCAACCAAACUGAGAAUAACCUCACGACCUUGAAAAGGAGUUGACACUCCUCUUCCUCCACCUCUUCUUCUCGCGAGCCCCCCCUCCCCCCCUCCCCUUUUGUGGUGUUCUAGUGAAGUAAACCAAAAUGUCCCCCCUCUCCAAGAUGCAGUGCAAGCACAUGUAAUAUAGUUCUAUGUAUGUUUACAAUGUUGGGUGUAAAUGACAUAGAGUUCACACACACAUGUACACACACAUUUCCAUGAGCAGACACACACAGAAGUAUAUAAUAUCAAAGUCCUGUUGUAAGUUGGAAGGGUCUGGGAAUGAUGUUUGGGGGGAAAAAAAUGGCUGGAAUAAAAGAAGCCUUCUGUAUUUUUAAAAAAAGAUCAUUUGAAGAUCUGUUAUUUCACUGUACAGGAAUGAAAAAAUGUAAGUAAUAAUAAACUACUCAAGACUAGAUGGUCGAAGUUUAGGUGGUGUAAUUUUUCUGCAGAGUACCCUGAAAUACUGUAGAACACGAAGAAAAUGAAAACCUUUUGUUAGUUUUAUCGAAUGAAGAGUUUCCUAUUGCCCAAGAUUUACUGCAAACAAGCAGAACUAUGGAACUGUUCUUCUGUUGCAACAAAGUCCAACUGAGCCUCUCCUUUUAACCUCCAUCUCUGCUUCCUCUCAGCUGGGGUUACAUCAUGCUCACAUCAUAGUCUAGAAACAUUUUUGUUUUACCCCUACAUGUCUCAAAAGAAAGCUUUUCCCAUUGUUCUCAUACUGCUACGCUGCGAAAAAGGUCCCAAAACGGCAACCCAGGUUGUUUCUAGCUAUAAAUGCUGAGGGAUGUGACUGGAAAAGAAGGAUGGCCGAGGCUGAACUGGCAACUUCCAGAAUCCGCAGCAUUACCCCCUUCUCUUUACGGCAGCAGCAAAUAAGGUGGUGGUGUGCUUUGUGUUUGUAAAACUAUGUAUUCUGUGACGUCUGUAUUGUUGUAAGAAAUGCUGAAAAAAAAUGAAAAAAUAAAAGAUCUCAAAUACCA